AUGGUCGUUGCAGGGCUGGAGACCCCGGACCAUGUCGACUACCUGGCGCGCAAGGCCAUAGGUCUCAGUAAAAGCAAAGACCAGACCUCGCGCAUUCUGAUCGGCGUGUCUGGCAUCCCAGGAUCAGGCAAGACAACCCUCGCUGCGGCGGUGGCUGACCGAGUCAACCAGCUGGCCAGCAGCAGCCAGGACCUUGCGGUGUGCAUAUCAAUGGAUGGCUACCAUCUGCCCAGAGCCCAGCUGGCCGCGAUGCCGGACCCUGCCAAUGCAAUCUACCGCAGAGGCGCCGAGUUUACGUUUGACGGAGAGGGAUUCUAUCGGCUCGUGCAGCGCCUGAGAGAGCCCCUGACCGCCGCUUCACCAACUGUCUUCGCACCGAGCUUUGAUCAUGCAAUCAAAGACCCGGUGCCAGACGAUGUUGCCAUCUCGCCAGGAUCUCGAGUGAUCAUUCUCGAGGGUCUUUAUCUGAGCUUGAACCGUGAGCCCUGGAGUUCUGCUGCUGCUCUUAUGGACGAGUCGUGGUUUGUUGGCGUUGACCGCGAGAUUGCUCGUGCUAGGCUGGUCAAGCGUCAUGUCACGUCGGGCAUUGUGCCUGAUACUGCAGCUGCUGAGCAUCGAAUCUUGGGCACGGACUUUUUGAACGCUGAUGACAUUAUUAACAAUCGCUUGCCUGUCCAGGAAAUGGUUCCAGGUGACUGGCGAGCUGUCUCAAGACUUGACUGA